ACUAAAACGGCCCUUCUCCCCGGCUGAUUAACACGUUAGUUAGAAAGGUUAGAAAUCCAAUCUCGACUUUUUUUAUUCCAUCCGAUUCAACUCCUCCUUGUCAACUCACUUACAUAACCUGUCUAGGUAGCCUUCAGCUUGUCUAAUCUUAUUUAUUAGUCUAGUUGAACUAAGGUGCCUAAGGUAAAUAGUUGUAGUUGUGUAAGGAGUUACCACUCAAGUUGGUUAUUAAUAUACUACCAGCCAGGCACCCCCAUUGAUUUGCCGCUCAUUAUCAUUUCUACUUUUAAUAAUAUCAGAUUACUACCUUACUAUUCUCUAUUCACCAUUCGCUAUUCCGUUCUCCCCAAACUCAUCCGCAAUCGGUGCUUCAUAUUUCCUCCAUAGACGAAACAAAAACAAGUUAUAAAACAACAAGCUUGAAGACCUUAUCCACGUUUCACGGAGGUUGUGCAACAGGGCUCACUUAUACAUAUUUGCAUCUUAUAACUUAGGUAACGCCGCUCUCGCUUUUGCUUCUGCGAGUAAGUGCCGAGCCACCCUCCGAGCCAUAUACCAUGGCAAAUGAAACUGAAGAUAAGGAGACAAAGCCCGCCGAUCCACUUACAAGUGUGAACAAACCCACUGACUCCGAGUCACUUUCUGUCUAUGACGUCUCUGGCGAAGAGAUUCGUAAAGAGGAGGAGGAGUCCGAUGAGAAAAGGCCCGGCCGCGAGGAAUUAAAACACACUCAGAGCUAUGCUACCGAUACGAGCGCGUUCACUCGCACUACCUCGAGAGCUUCCGCGCCCGUGCCCAAGAAGCCAUGGUACAAAACGCCAAAUCCGCUACGAUGGGGUUCGAUACCCCCUAUCCCCAAGGAGCGCCAAGUCUCGAGGGAGUACAACGCCAGCUUCCUGAGUAGGCUCACAUUUCAAUGGAUGGCCCCUCUAAUGAGUGUUGGGUAUAAACGGCCCCUGGAGCAAAAAGAUCUCUGGCUGGUCAAUCCCAACAGGGAAGCCGAGAAGCUGACAGACAAGGUGAGGGAAUCGUUCGAGAGACAAAAGAAGCAUGGUCGCAAAUACCCCCUACUCCGGGCGCUCCACGAGACCUUCUUCCGCGAGUUUUGGAUCGCUGGUUUCUGUCAGCUUUGCUCCUCGGUUUUCCAGGUCAUGUCUCCCUUCACUUUGCGUUACCUUAUCCAAUUCGCACAGGAGGCCUGGGACGCAUCUCGGACUGGCUCGCCGCCACCCAAAAUUGGCGCGGGAAUAGGUCUAGUUAUCGGUGUUACCGUCAUGCAAAUCCUUCAAUCUUUAGGGGUGAAUCACUACAUAUACCGGGGUAGCAUGGUCGGCGCGCAGUGCCGAGCUGUUCUCAUAAGUCUCAUAUUCGAGAAGUCUAUGGUACUCUCCAAUCGAGCGAGGGCCGGGAGUAAAGAGGGUACCGACAAAGAGGGUGCUGAUAAAGCAGUCAUCUCCGGCGACGGCACUGGCUGGGGCAACGGAAAGAUUCUUAAUUUAAUGAGCGUCGAUACGUAUCGUGUUGACCAAGCGAAUGCGAUGCUACACCUCAUCUGGACGGCGCCGAUCGCUAUUAUCAUCACGCUCGUCGUUCUACUUAUUAAUUUGACGUACAGUGCUCUGGCCGGCUUCACAUUGUUAGUACUGGCAGUACCUGCCCUGACGAGAGCUGUUCGUCUGCUAUUUAGGCGACGUGCUGCCAUUAACAAGAUAACAGAUCAGAGGGUAAGCUUAACGCAGGAGAUUCUUCAGUCGGUCCGUUUUGUGAAGUACUUCGGGUGGGAGGCUGCUUUUCUUAAGCGUUUGGGUGACAUUCGGAAGCGAGAAAUCCAUGCUAUCCAAGUCCUGCUGGCUAUUCGAAAUGCCAUCAACGCUGUCAGCAUGUCUCUGCCUAUCUACGCUUCUAUGCUCUCAUUCAUCACCUACUCGCUCACAGACCACGGGCUUCCAGCUGCACAAGUCUUCUCGUCACUUGCGCUGUUCAACAGCUUGCGAAUGCCCCUUAACUUGUUACCGUUGGUUAUUGGCCAGACUGUGGACGCUUGGUCUUCCCUCAAAAGAAUCGAAGAUUUUAUACUGUCAGAGGAGCAGGAAGAAGAAAUUACCAUGAAAUAUGACGGGGAGAAUGCCAUCGAGAUGCGUAACGCAUCCUUCACCUGGGAGAGGACUCCCACCCAGGAAUCUGAGAAUCCAGGCGAAAAGAAGGCCAAGAAUGGUCCUCAGCAAAAACGUACGAAGAAAGCUCAGAAAGCAGGCAAUAAUAAUACUACGGGCUCCUCGCAAGAGGGCGCUGAAGAUACGGCAAGUACGCUUGUAGAAGAACGCGAGCCGUUUAAACUCCAGGACUUGAAUUUCGAAAUCGGUAGAGAUGAGUUGGUUGCAGUAAUCGGAAGCGUGGGAAGCGGGAAGAGCUCAUUGCUUGCCUCACUUGCCGGCCAGAUGCGUAAAACAUCAGGUGAGGUUACGUUGGGAGCAUCUCGAGCUUUCUGUCCCCAAUAUGCUUGGAUCCAAAACGCCACCGUCCGUGAUAAUAUUCUUUUCGGCAAAGAGAUGGACCGCGAGCGGUAUAAGGCAGUCGUGAAAGCCUGCGCUCUACAACCCGAUUUCGACACUUGGCCAAACGGCGAUAAUACUGAAAUAGGCGAAAGAGGCUUAACCACUUCAGGGGGCCAACGACAGAGGAUAAAUAUUGCGAGAGCCAUCUACUUCGACGCCGAUCUUGUGCUUAUGGACGACCCUCUCAGCGCGGUAGACAGCCACGUCGGCCGCCAUAUUCUUGAACACGCUAUCCUGGGGCUUCUUAAAGGGAAAAGUCGUAUACUUGCCACACACCAGCUGUGGGUGCUCAACCGUUGCGAUAGAAUCAUCUUCAUGGAAGCCGGCAAGAUUCAAGCGAUCGACACGUUCGAUAAUCUAAUGGCAAACCACGCAGGGUUCAGGCAACUAAUGGAGACGACCGAGACCAAGGAAACCAAAGAGGAAUCCGAAUCAGAUACCGCUGAAGAAAAGACGUCAGAUACUAGCGAGAACAAGAAGAAAAAGAAACGAGAUCGAGGCCCAGGGUUGAUGCAAACGGAGGAAAGGGCCGUUUCCUCUGUCCCCUUUUCCGUUUAUAAAAAUUAUAUCAAGGCGUCCGGCAGCAUUCUUAAUGCGCCGCUCACCUUGGCCGUGCUCUUACUUUCUCAGGGCGCCAACAUCAUGACAAGCUUAUGGCUUUCCUAUUGGACGUCAGACCAUUUUGGCCUGACCACGGGGGUGUACAUCGGCGUUUAUGCAGGCCUAGGAACUUUGCAAGCCGUACUGAUGUUCGUCUUUUCUCUUCUACUGACCAUAUUCGGCACAAAUGCUAGCAAAGCUCUUCUCAAGCAAGCGAUGUCAAGAACGCUCAGGGCCCCAAUCUCUUUUUUCGACACUACGCCCCUCGGCCGUAUAACGAAUAGAUUUUCCAGGGAUAUAGACGUGCUAGACAAUACCUUAACCGACGCGAUGAGGAUGUACUUCCUCACUCUAGCUAUGAUCACGUCGGUAUUUGCGCUGAUCAUCGCCUUCUUCCAUUACUUUGCUAUCGCCUUGGUUCCACUUGCUAUUCUCUUCUUUUUCGCGGCAUCGUACUACAGAGCGUCGGCCAGGGAAGUGAAGCGCUUCGAAUCCAUACUUCGGUCCGUUGUGUUUGCUAAAUUCGGGGAAGGGCUGAGCGGAGUCGCUUCGAUCCGCGCCUAUGGGUUGAGCAAUCGCUUUCUUCGAGAUCUUCAAAACGCCAUUAACGAGAUGAAUUCGGCCUACUAUCUGACUUACUCCAAUCAGCGGUGGUUAUCCGUGCGCCUGGAUACGAUCGGGAACGCGCUCGUAUUUACAGUCGGCAUUCUGGUAAUUACGUCGCGAUUUGAAGUAUCCCCGUCUAUAGGAGGGCUUAUCCUAUCGUAUAUUCUAUCGAUCGUGCAAAUGCUUCAGUUCACCGUGAGACAACUCGCCGAGGUCGAAAACGGGAUGAACGCUGUCGAGCGAGUCCAGUACUACGGCUCUCAGCUGGAAGAGGAAGCCCCUCAACACACAAUAGAGGUCAGACCCACGUGGCCGGAGAAAGGCGAGAUUAUCUUUGAUAAAGUUGAGAUGCGCUACCGGGCGAAUUUGCCUCUGGUACUUAAGGGCCUAGAUCUACAUGUUAGCGGAGGCGAGCGCAUAGGGAUUAUAGGGAGAACCGGAGCUGGAAAAAGUAGCGUUCUCCAGGCUUUGUUCAGAUUAGUCGAGAUUUCGGGAGGCCAUAUCUAUAUCGACGGCAUCGACAUCUCAACGAUCGGCCUCCACGAUCUGCGUUCCCGCCUAGCGAUCAUCCCGCAAGACCCGACGCUCUUCAGGGGGACGGUGCGGAGUAACCUCGACCCGUUUAACGAGCAUACGGACCUGGACCUGUGGUCGGCGCUCCGCAAGGCCAACCUGGUGCCCGCGGACGCGAGCAUAGACGACAAGGACCCGUCGCGCGUGCACCUGGACAGCGUGGUGGAGGAGGACGGGCUGAACUUCUCGCUCGGCCAGCGGCAGCUGAUGGCGCUGGCGCGGGCGCUCGUGCGGGGCUCGCAGAUCAUCGUGUGCGACGAGGCGACAUCGUCGGUGGACUUCGAGACGGACCAGAGGAUCCAGGAGACGAUGGCGGUGGGGUUCCGCGGCAAGACGCUGCUGUGCAUCGCGCACCGGCUGCGGACGAUCGUGGGCUACGACCGCAUCUGCGUCAUGAGCACGGGGCAGAUCGCCGAGCUCGACAGCCCCUUGGCGCUGUGGAGGCGCGGGGGGAUCUUCAGGAGUAUGUGCGAUACGAGCGGGAUUAGGGAGGAGGAUAUUAUUAACGCUAGGAGGGGGGGAAGUGGUGAGGGUGAGGGUGAGGGCGAGGGCGAGGGCGAGGAAAAGGAUAUAUAAAAAGGGUCGAGGGAGGGGGCGUGAUGAGAUAUAGAUGGUAUGAUAUAGAGAGAGGAGAUAUGGCUGGUCGGAAAGGUACCAGGUAACCUAACGAUACGAGGAUUUAUGGUAUGGGUAAGGUAAAGUUACCUAGUACUACAUACUGUUGGGCAGUCAGUGCAUAGCGCCAGUUGCUAGGUGCCUGUUAUAUUGUACAGGUUUAAUCUAAUCUAAUAUUCUUGGGGUUGGACGAAAAAAAGGAUGUCUUGCCUAUCAAGUUU